GUACGUGGCAACACUUUUGAGAAAUGUCAAAUUACAUGGCGGUGCGUCGCUUUUUUGCUAAUCACUGCCGUAUUGCAGCAAAUUCGAAUGUAAAUACGAUAAAGCAUCGCAAAUUAUUUACCUACGUUAAUCGUGCAGCUGGUUUUAAUCAAUUCAACAAUUUUUUGUGCGCCUGCGCAUCGACGUCGUCCGCACCCAGGAAUAUGAGCUUCGUUUACCCAGAAGCGCGCAGAGAUGAGACGGUCGUCGACGACUACCAUGGAGUCAAGAUAAAAGACCCAUACCGCUGGCUGGAAGACCCAGACUCCAACGAGACCAAAGAGUUUAUAGACGCUGAGAACAAAAUCACGCGGCCGUACCUAGACGCGUGUCCCGUCAAGGCGGACAUCAACGAGAGGCUAACCGAACUGUGGAACUACCCCAAGUACUCGUGUCCCUUCCGCCGUGGUGACCGGUACUUCUUCUUCAAGAACACUGGACUUCAGAAUCAGAAUGUCCUGUACGUACAAGACAGCUUGGACGGCGAGCCGCGAGUGUUUCUCGAUCCCAACACCUUAUCCGAGGACGGCACGAUAGCGCUCUCGGGUAGCCGGUUCACGGAAGAUGGCGCCACUUUCGCUUACGGGCUCUCCGCCAGUGGCUCCGACUGGAUCACUAUACACCUUAAAGACGUUGCCACAGGUAAAGACUACCCAGAAGUUUUAGAGAAAGUAAAAUUCGCUUCAAUGUCAUGGACGAAAGAUAACAAAGGAUUAUUUUACUCUCGAUAUCCAGAGCAAACCGGCAAAACGGACGGCUCUGAGACAGAAGUGAACCGCGACCAGAAACUGUGCUACCAUCGGCUCAACACUCCUCAAUCUGAAGAUGUCAUCACCGUAGAAUUCCCUGAAGAACCCCUAUGGAGAAUCGGUGCGGAGGUUACAGACUGCGGUCGCUACCUGAUCGUGUCUCCAGUGAAGGACUGUCGCGACAACCUGCUAUUCUUCGCCGACUUGUCGCAACACGCUGACAUAUCGGGCCUGCUGCCGCUCACGCAGAUCGUGCAUAAGUUUGAGGCGGAUUACGAGUACGUGACCAACGAAGGCUCCGUGUGCAUAUUCCGCACCAACAAGAACGCGCCCAACUACCGGCUCAUCAAGAUUGACCUCAACAACCCUGCCGAGGAGCACUGGGAGACAUUGAUACCGGAGCAUCCGAGUGACGUAUUGGACUGGGCCUCGGCCGUCGACAACGACAAACUCGUUAUACAUUACGUCAGAGAUGUGAAGAGUGUACUACAACUCCACGCGCUAUCAACCGGCGCGCUCCUCCAAGAGUUCCCACUAGCGGUUGGUUCAGUCGUGGGCUUCAGCGGCAAGAAGGAGCAAUCCGAGGUGUUCUACCACUUCAUGUCCUUCCUCACGCCCGGCGUCAUCUACCACGUCGACUUCAAGAAGACGCCCAUUGAGCCUACGGUGUUCAGAGAAGUAAAAGUGAAAGGAUUCGACGCAUCGCAGUAUGAGGCUAAACAAGUGUUCUAUUCAAGUAAAGAUGGCACCAAGGUGCCUAUGUUUAUCGUUUCCAAAAAGGACUUACCCCGGGACGGGUCGAACCCAGCCUUAGUGUACGGCUACGGCGGCUUCAACAUCAACAUCCAGCCGAGCUUCAGCGUCACGCGCCUCGUGUUCAUGCAGCACCUGCGCGGCCUCGUCGCCAUCCCCAACAUUCGCGGCGGCGGCGAAUACGGCGAACGGUGGCACAACGCGGGCCGUCUUCUCAACAAGCAGAACGUGUUCGACGACUUCCAAGCGGCCGCCGAGUAUCUGGUCCGCGAGAAGUACUCGCGACCCGAGCUGUUAACUAUACAGGGCGGCUCCAACGGCGGGCUCCUAGUCGCCGCCUGCAUCAACCAGCGGCCCGACCUCUACGGCGCUGCUAUUGUGCAAGUGGGCGUGCUGGACAUGCUGCGCUUCCAGAAGUUCACGAUCGGGCACGCGUGGGUGUCGGACUACGGCAGCUCCGACAACGAGACGCAUUUCCACAACCUGCUCAAGUACUCGCCGCUCCACAACAUACACCCGCCCGAUGACGAGCACAGCGAGUACCCAGCGACGCUCGUACUAACAGCAGACCACGACGACCGCGUGGUGCCGCUUCACUCGCUGAAGUUCAUCGCGGCGCUGCAGCACACCGCCGGCGCUUCGUCUCGUCAGGCGCGCCCUCUGCUGGCGCGAGUUGACACCAAGGCGGGACACGGUGGAGGGAAGCCCACCGCUAAGAUUAUUGAAGAACACACAGACAUCUUGUGCUUCAUAACACAAGCACUAAAACUGAAAUUCGUGAAGUAACCCAGCUGCCAUAUUAUCGGAUUUAGUAUUACAAUGAGAUAAACAGAAAUAGUAUUAUGUAAAUAAACGCAACCACAGUCUGGAUGAUUACCUCUGGGUCUUAGAUAAGACUGGUGAUAUUGUUACGCAUUGCUACUAUUUUUUAUUAAUAAAACCUUGUUUUUAUUUUUGAA